AUGUUGGGUGUGUUGAAUAUAAUCCCCGUUCUCCUGGCAUCCCAGUUGCUCGGCUCAGCAACAUUGGCACAGGGACGCUCUGUGACAAGCCGGUCUGUUUCAAACGAAGACCUGACCGAAUUCCAGCUGUUUGCGCAGUACUCUGCUGCCGCCUACUGCGACCACAAUAACGACGACGGUAUCCUCGGCAGCAUCCAAUGCAUUGAAGGGGUUUGCCCCGAAGUCGAAGCUGCUGGUGCCGAGACCAUAGCAGAGCUCAAUAAAGACGACAUCCGCGGCUUUGUUGCUGUAGACGACGUCCAUCGACUUCUCGUCGUAUCGUUUCGUGGCAGCAACUCUGUGCGGAACUGGAUCAAGAACUUCCAGUUCUGGACGGUAGAUGAGCCAGGACCAAAGGGACUCUGGGACAAGCUGUUCGGGUCAGACAAGCCCCAGCAAGGAAACGAUAUCUGCUCUUGUUCGAUACACUCUGGGGUUUAUAGGUCCUGGGAGCUGCUGAAAGACGACGUUAUGGCCGCACUCACCCAGGCUAGGGAGAAGCACGGUGAUUAUCAUGUGGUCGUUACUGGGCACUCUCUGGGUGGAGCCAUUGCCACGGUUGCUGGUGCUUACCUUCGCACAAAGGAUAUACCCUGUGAUAUCUAUACAUAUGGUUCUCCACGUGUUGGGGAUGCGCGGUUUGCCGAGUUCGUCUCAACACAACCAGGGAUAACAGCCCGGAUAACUCAUGGAUAUGAUCCGGUGCCUUCCCUACCUCCGAUGAGUCUGUUUGGGAUAUACGAUCUUGGUUAUAGACAUACCUGGCCUGAGUACUGGGUUCCUGGCUCCUCCGCGAAUGGCACCGAUAGCAUCCAGGUAUGUAGUGGGAUGGAGAAUCUAUCAUGCGAUGGCGCACGCGAAACCGGAAUCAGCUUUGACGUUGAAGAUCAUCGACAGUACUUCGGACAAAUCUCGGCAUGCGGUCCCAAGUUCACGUACCGUGACACGGAGGACACCUGGAGCGCGAAGGAUAUGGAGCGUCUCAGAACACUGGCGGCCAACGACAAUCUCUUCGCAGCCCAUUCCAGCUAG